AUGACGACCCCCUCCUCCCCCGAAGAAAAAGAAAACCGCCUCACCACCGAACUCCAACUCUUAGAAUCCAUGUAUCCCGACUCCCAAAUCCACUUUGACCGCACAACCAGAGAGUUUAAAUAUACCACGGAAAACGGGAAUUCUUUUCGAUUACGCAUCCCGGAUUCCUACCCGGAGGAUGACGACAAUUCAUUACCGGAAAUCCUCUCCGCGACGAGGAAUGAUAGUAGUAAUAGCAAGACGAAAAGCAAGCAGCAAGAUCAAGAUCUCCGCGCUCGAUUCCAGAGGCGUACGGAUUCGGAGGCUUUGCCGCGCGGAGUGGAGAUUUUGGAUUCGGUGGUUUUGAUUUUCGAGGAGGUUUUGUCGUCGUUAUUAGAAGAAGAGGAGGAGGAGGAAGAAGAAGAAGAAAGCGACGAAACAGAGACAGGAACAGAAACAGCAACAGAAACAGAAACGAAAAUAGAAAUGCGAGGAGAGUCAUCAUCGUCAUCAUCGAGUAAUUCGCAGAAGAAGAAGAAGAAGAAGAAGAAGAAGCAGAAGGCAGAAGAGAAGCAGGAUUCUAAAAAACUCACAACAAUAAUCUACCUGCACCACCUCCUCAACACGACGAAGCGAAAACAAUGUCUCUCCCCCCCACCAUCACCAUCCUCCUCAUCGUCCAUCUCCGGAAUCACAAAACCCGGCUACCCCGGCGUUCUAAUCUACUCCGGCGCCGCAGAGGAAGUACGGGAACACGUGCAGGGACUGAAAGCGUUGAAUUGGCAGGCGUUCCAGGUGCGGUUGGAAGUGGCAGAGGGGUGGAAGUUUGCGCAUGGGGAGGGGAUGGUGGAGGUGGAGAGGAUGAGUGAGGUUGUGGGGGGGAUUGUGGAGGAGGAUGAUAGAGGAGGGGGGAGUAAGGGGAGGAGAGAGGUUUUUCUGGAGUGUAUGCGGAUGAAAUGAAAUGCAAUGCAAUGCAAUGAAAUGGAAUGAAAUGAAAUGAAAUGGAACAAGGAUAUUCAUUGUUCAUCGUUGGACGAAGCUCUUGUCGGUCGUGCUUGUUUUCGUGUUCUUGUUCUUGUCCAUACGACUUCGCCUCGCCUCGCUAGCUCAAUGCUCUCACUAUGCGUACAGAUGCCUCAGAACGAGGGAGCCAACCUUUUGGCCACGACAAGGGCGCUCUCCGCAGAAUACGCCGUAUAA